AUGGAUCCCAUCUCUAUCACCGGGCUGAUCAUAGAAGUCAGCAACGUGCUGUCCUGUGUGAUCAAUUAUGCCAAGGCCGUCCAGGGCGCCAAGUCCGACAUGCGCAAGUUAAGCGAGGAACUAUUUGCUCUGAAAGGUAUUCUAGAGCAUAUUUCAACGGGCAUAGGCGACAAUACACCGACACCUGAGAAAGAUAUCGAGUCGGAGCAGUCCUCGGGCGUGUUCGAUCGAGACGUAAUGUCACGAGUCCUAUUCACGGCGAACGAAUUCCUCCAAAGCCUACUUCAAGAACUCGAAGAGCCUGCAACUAAAUUCAAAAAGUUGAAGCAGAAACUAGAAUGGCCCUUCACGCAGGAUCAAGUCAAUGCGCAUCUUAUUCGACUCGAGAGGGUCAAAUCGUGGUUGAUCUUGGUUAUCACAGCAGAUACUGCGGCGGCGGAGAAAGAUCUCCAUCAAGAGAUAAUUAGCUUGUCAAGAAAUUUGAAAGAGGAUUUGCGCAUUCGAGAGCAAGAAAGGGUUCAAAGGGACAAUGAGGCGCUUUUCAAGUGGAUUGCACCGGUUAGUCCGGCCGAUUCGCAUCUUCGAGCAUCCAAUGGACGUCGUAUGGGAACGGGGCGAUGGUUUACCAAGUCGCAUUUGAAAGGAUGGCUUCGAGAUCCGUUGGAUGGGAAAAGAAUUCUCUUUCUUGUCGGUAAAUCUGGAACAGGAAAGACGACACUUUUUGCUCAAAUCGUGGAAGAGUUAACUUCAAUGGCUUCAGGCGAUCCAAGUCUAUGCUUUGCCUAUUUCUAUUGCACAAUCAGCAAUACUGCAUCUCAAGCUCCUGGCAACGUCUUGGGCUCCUUGGUGGCACAACUUGCCAGAUCGAACCCCGCUAUACUGGAAAAUAUCCGAUCGCUAUAUGAUAAAAUCCCCAAGUCGCAAACCCACAGACUUCCGGUUGAUAUCUCGGCUCUUGAAGAUGCAAUCAUCAAACACUCUACUGGAAACUCCCGAAUUGUCAUUCUCGUUGAUGCUCUCAAUGAAAGCUCCGAGACGGAUCAUAUCGAAUGUUCUUUGUUGAAACUGGCGAGGUUGUCUUCGAACAUUCGCAUCCUUGUUACCACGACAUCGACGAGAGCUUCUUCUAAAGAAGCUAACUUUUUGAACAUCAAGGCUGGAACCAUGAAAGAGGAUAUCAAGACAUUCAUUCAGUACCGCUUAGAGCAUGAUACUGCCCUUCGGAAUUUGACACCAAAAUUGCAGGCUGAAAUUUCGGAGACCUUGCUCAAGGAUGCAGAUGGAUCAUUCAGAUGGGUUCAACUCUCAUUGGACAACCUUUGCGCUCAAAGAACUGCUAAAGCAAUGCGAGCCUCCCUGUCCAAUCUCCCCGGAACGCUUAGGGAGAUGUACGCAAAUACAUUGGAACGUGUUAGCCCAGAAGAUAUACAAUUCGUCCAUGAAGCUCUCUUCUGGCUCAGCUUUGCGAAGCAGCCCUUGACACUGCGAAGCUUGAACGAGGUCGUGGUUCUCGAUGAGACCGACACAAUCCUAGACGAGGACAUGAUGCUCGUUCCGCGGGACAUUCUGCUCCAACUUUGCCAAGGGCUUAUCUCCGUGGAUCAGGCCGGACACGUCAAUCUCGCGCAUUCAUCAGUCAAAGAAUUUCUGACCUCUGAAUGGAUCCGUACUUCUCGAGUGAGCCACUUUGCCUUGGACGCUUCGACCGCAGAUACCACAAUCAUGCGAAAGUGUCUGACAUAUCUGUGUCUCGACAAUUUCAAACCCGGAUAUAGUGAGUUCAAAAAGCGAACUAGAAUACGCUGGUUCCUAUACUACGCAGCCUACUUCUGGCCCACCCACGGCACUCACUGCAAAUUCGGAGAACGCGAGCGAAAAUUGGUCAACAGAUUCUUUGCUACAAAAAGCCUUACCCGUCGGGGUAAUUACGGUGUCUGGAUAGAAGCUUUGAUCCCGGGCGUGGAUCAUUCUAUCAUUGAAAAUACAGAACCACUUUACUAUGCCGCCUCGUUUGGCAUGGCCUCCGUCGUCAAGGCUAUUCUAGCAUCUGAUCCCGGUAUAGACCUCAAUGCUCCCGGUGGUCGUGUUGGAGCUACGCCUUUGUUUGCUGCUUGUUGGCGGCAUAAUUAUGAGGUCGCGGAGAUUCUUCUCAGGGCCGGUGCUGAUCCGAAGAUUGCUGAUCCUGGCACUGGUGUGAACGUGAUUGGACUGGCCAGGAUGGGUAAUUUCCUCUCCGUUCGAGAUCUUCUACUUCGCUGCAAUGUGGAUUUGAAGUCUUGA